UUGGUCGUUUUUAAUUUUUUUUUUGAUUUUUUUGAUUUUUGAUUUUAUCAAGUGAACUUUGUGAAUUUGUUUCCACCAACAACAAAAAGUGUUAUUCUUUUCUCAUCGUCAAUCAAUUAGCAUCCUAUUUUUUUUUUUGUUCUGGAAAAUUUUUCGUGAUCCAGAAAAACGAAAAAUUCCAUCGAAAAAAUGUCUUCCUCAGUGUUUGUGGAUAUAUUUUUCAUUUUCAUUCUGAUCAUUCCAUUUGAAUCAACAUUUGGUAAAUUAGAAGGUCCAAAUAUCUGUACAACAAAAGAAACAAAACCAAUUAAAUAUGAGGUUCAAAUUCCAAAACCACAAGAAAUACGUACAGUUGGUUGGUGUUUACAGUUACCGCCUAGAUGUCCAAAAUUAAAAGUCGUUUAUCGUAUGGAAACAAUAACAAAAUUUCGUAAUGAUUCACAAAUCAUUGAACAUUGUUGUGAUGGUUUUUAUGAAGUUGAUAAUCGUUGUUUACCCAUCUGUAAAGAUCAAUGUAUCCAUGGAAAAUGUAUCAAACCAGAUAUUUGUCAAUGUGAACCAGGUUGGGGUGGAAAUAGUUGUAAUAAAACUUGUCCAAAUCUUCAUUUUGGUACAAAUUGUGAAAAAAAAUGUGAAUGUAUAAAUGGUGCAAAUUGUGAUCCAGUAACUGGUGAAUGUAUUUGUUCUGAAGGUUGGUUUGGAAAAAAUUGUAAUCAACCAUGUCCACAUGGUCAUUUUGGUCAUAAUUGUAUACAAUUAUGUCAAUGUGAACAAGGUGAUUGUGAUCAAAAAACUGGCCAAUGUAAAUGUUAUCCAGGAUUUAGUGGUGCACUUUGUGAUCGAAAAUGUCCGGAAGGAAAACAUGGUCCGGAUUGUCAAAAUAUUUGUCAUUGUCAAAAUAAUGCAACUUGUAAUCAUAUUAAUGGUGAAUGUAUUUGUCCAUCUGGUUGGUCAGGUGAAUUUUGUAAAGAAUCUUGUUCAUUGAAAAAUCGUUGGGGUUCAAAUUGUUUAAAUGAAUGUGAAUGUUUUAAUGGUGGUGUUUGUCAUCCGGUUACCGGUGAAUGUCAAUGUUCGGCUGGUUUUACUGGGAAAAAAUGUGAAAUCGAAUGUCCAGAUAAUAAAUAUGGUCCGAAUUGUCUUUUUACUUGUAAUUGUGAAAAUGAUGCAAAAUGUGAUCGUAUAAAUGGAACUUGUAUAUGUUCAAAAGGUUAUACUGGACCUACUUGUGCUGAUCGUGAAUGUCCAUUAGGAAAAUAUGGACUAGAUGAUGGUUGUAAUAAACAAUGUCAAUGUCAUAGUAACAACACGAUUCGUUGUGAUCCAUUUGAUGGUACAUGUAAAUGUAAACCUGGUUUUAAAGAUUAUUGUUAUAAACAAUGUUCACCACCAUAUUAUGGUGAUGAUUGUAAACGUAUUUGUGAUUGUGAAAAUGGUCUUUGUCAUCAUAUAACUGGUGAUUGUAUUUGUAAUGCUGGUUGGACAGGUGAAAAAUGUUUAAAACAAUGUUUUGCCGGUACGUAUGGUAUUGGUUGUGCACAGAAAUGUAUCUGUUUUGGUAAUGUUCGUUGUAAUCCAGAAAAUGGUCAGUGUGAUUGUCCGGCCGGAUUUUCAGGUCUAAAAUGUAAUCGACCAUGUCCACCACAAAAAUUUGGUGAAAAAUGUUCAAAUGAUUGUCGUUGUCAAAAUAAUGGUGCUUGUAAUCCUGUUAAUGGUACAUGUACAUGUUUACCUGGUUAUACUGGAAUUGAUUGCAGCCAUAAAUGUGCCAGUGGUUCAUUUGGUUUAAAUUGUAAAUAUGAAUGUGAUUGUAAUCAGGAACAUACAAAAAUUUGUAAUCAUAUAACUGGUGAAUGUAUUUGUCAUCCUGGAUAUGAAGGUCAAAAAUGUGAACAUAAAAUUCAAUGUCCUACAGGAAAAUAUGGUGAAAAUUGUCAACAAAAUUGCCAUUGUGAUGAUAAUGAUGAUGAACGAAAAUUAUCCUGUGAUUAUAAUGAUGGUGAUAAUUGUUUUUGUCCACUUGGUCGAUAUGGUAAUCAUUGUAAUCAAAAGUGUCAAAGUGGAUCAUUUGGCCGAAACUGUGUACAAGAUUGUCCAUUAUGUAUGCAUUCAAAUCAAACAUGUAAUCCAGUGAAUGGAUCAUGUUUAUGUUUACCUGGUUAUAGUGGAUUUUUUUGUGAAAAAACUUGUCAAGAAGGAACAUUUGGUCAUGAAUGUCGAAAAAAAUGUGAUUGUUCAACAAUUGGUGGACAAUGUGAUCAUGAAACAGGAAAAUGUAUUUGUUAUCCUGGUUGGCAAGGAUCAACUUGUACGAAAAAAUGUGAUGAAGAUACAUAUGGUUUAGAAUGUCGACAACAUUGUAAAUGUCAAAAUGGUGCAACAUGUCGUGCAACGGAUGGUGUUUGUUUUUGUAAAGAUGGUUAUAUGGGAACAUUAUGUUCAGAAAUUUGUCCGGAUGGUUUUUAUGGUACAAAUUGUUUAUUAUCAUGUGAAUGUCCAUUAGGAAAUUAUGUUUGUGAUCCGGUUAUUGGUUGUACUUGUAAAUUAGGAUUUACAGGUAAAAAUUGUGAAAUGUUUGUUACGAUUGCAAGUGCACAACAAAUCGAAGAAAUAUCUACUGGUUCAUCAAUUGGUUUUUGGUUAUUAUUCUUUAUAAUGGCCAUAUUUGCAACGACAAUGUUUUUCAUUUAUUAUCGUAAACGUUUGAAUAUUAAAGAUUUAUCAUAUUAUGUUCAAUAUUUUAAUCAUCAUUCAUCGAUGGAACCAAGACAUUUUGAUAAUCCUGUUUAUUCAUCAACAUCAACAACAGCAGCAGCCGCAGCAGCAUCAUCAUCAAUGACAACAUCUUCAUCAGGUUUAUUAAAUAAUUGUACACAUAUCAAUAAUGGUUUUAGUGGUAAAAAUAUUAAUUUGAUUCAAAAUUCAAAAUUUAAUGAUUUUGAAAAACCAUCAUUAUCGUCAACGACUUUUGGUAUUGGUUCAUCAUCAUCGAAUCAUUAUGAAGUGCCGAAUAAUAAUGUAUAUCAUACGAUUGAUGAAGAAAAAUCAAAAUUAUCAGAUAAAAUAAGUAAUUUAUAUCAUACAAUUGAUGAAAUGAAUCAGAUAAAAUCAUCGACAUCGAAUAAUGAUCAACGAUCAAUCGAUAAUUUAAAUUUUCUUCAACAAACUGGUACGUCGAUGAUGACAACGACAACAUGUCCAGAUGAUUACAAUCCAAAUCUAUCAAUCAAAAAUGUCGAUCAAUUUCCAUAA